AUGGCUGGUAAAGGAAGAUCUACGAAAAAUUCUAAUAGCGAUGCUCUACGAUGUGAAAAAGAAUCAACAGAUGUUCAGUGUGUUUGUUGUGGGAUUUCGUUUGCUGUCGGCAUGACUGAGGAAUCGUUAGAACUAUUGAAGGCAUGUGAUAACGUCAAAUUUGUGUGUGAUGAGUGCUUGAAGUCACCAUCAAUAAAGGAUCAGAUCAUCAAAACAGUUGAGAGUGGAAAAGCUGAGAUAUGUGACAGGAUAAACAGCUUAAGUAAAGAGAUUAGAUCAGAAAUCGAUGCAAUCAAGGUAAAAUUGGAAGCAAAUGAAGGCAAAAUGUCUGGAUUGGAUGUCCCUGGAUCAAAGCUCUGUGAUGAGAUUUCGAACUUUAGAAAUGAAAUGACCAGAUCAUUUGCUAGCGUGGUCAGUUCUGAGGUUGUGAAAAGUGUCCAAAUCAUAAACGAUGAUGUAAAAAAAGUGCAAAAAACGUUAACCAAUGUAAUGGAAUCGAAGGAACGAGAGGCAAAUAUAGUGGUUUUUCGACUGAGUGAAGGAACGGACGACAGAAACAGGGUUUGCAAGAUAAUCAGUCAUCUGACCGGUGGUGUCUGCGGUGAAACAAACAUAAUAAAGUUGGUACGACUUGGUAAGAAAAAUGAUACGGUGGUAAGACCAAUUUUGGUAAAGUUUGAUGAUGUCAAGGUGAAGGAACUCGUUUUCAAAAAUGUUUUUAAAAUGAAGUCAGUAGGCGAUAAUCUGUCUCAUGUUGGUCUGAGUCAUGAUCUUACUGUUGAGCAAAGAGAUGAACUUAAAAAAUUGGAUGGACGACGCCAGACAGAUGGAGAAAAACUCAACGGAGGGUUUUUUAUACAGAGUGCGAGGAGACGUAGGAAAAGGGAAAAUAGUACAUUUUCCUGCAAGGAAAGAGUCAAACUGAUGAAUGGACGACAAGGGCCUGGAUAUGAGUUAUGCAGUUUGAUCAAAUGUGGUAGUCACGGUUUCCACAGUGGUGGUGAUGAUAACAGCAAUUCUAAUGAAAAUUUCAAUCUGGGUUUGUUAAAUGUUAGAUCAAUUGCACGUAAUGUUGACGGGAUUUAUGGACUAAUUUGUGAUGGAUUGGAUGUGUUAGUGUUGACUGAAACUUGGCAUGGCUUGCCUGGGAACAACUCUGUCAGUGCUGCUAUGCCACCGGGGUACUGUUACGUGGACUUUGUCAGGCAGCAUGAUCCUGGCCACGGUGGACUGGUCAUAUAUUUCCGCAAAGAGUUUGGUUGCAGAAAGAUAAAUUUGCCUUCAUUUGUAACGUUUGAAGUUGUCGCCAUUAGAUUAGUAAUCAAUAAAAAUCAAUUCAUUCUUCUGGGUGUAUACAGGCCUGGCUCGGCACAGAUAACCGUUUUAUUUUUUGAUGAGUUGGUGUCAGUUCUAGAGCAUAUAACGAUGUUAAAUGCAAAUAUUUUACUGAUGGGCGACUUUAAUGUGCAUAUCGAAAGGAAAGAUGAUCCAAACACCAUACGUUUAUUUGAAAUAUUUGAGGUCUUUCAACUAGUUAAUCAUGUUAACGAGUCAACGCAUUUACGAGGUGGGACAUUGGAUCUGGUUGUUAGCUCCGUUGAUUUUCCUAUUAUUAGUACUACAGUCUUACCUCAUGGAGUUUUUUCUGAUCACAGUUUUAUAACAGUUGAAACAAUAAUUGCUAAACCAUGUCGUAUCCCAACAAAAAGGUUUGUCAGAUCAUGGAAAAAUAUUGAUGAGGAUAGAUUUGUUGAAGCUGUCUUAAAUUCUCCCCUGUCUGGUUCUUGCCUCAGCAAUGAUGUUGAUGAUGAGCUAAAAAUUUUUAAUGAAGAGUUGAAGAGUAUCAUUGACAGGCUGGUACCCAAACGGUCGCGAUCCUCGCUUCGUGAUACCUGUGUUUGUUCUAAUCUAUUGUUUUUCCGAAGAUACGCUCUUCAACUUGAUCAAGUGCUGGUGUAUGGUAGUUUUGUAUUUUUCGUAAUGUAA